GCGCUCGGCCCGCCCCUGGCUGACACCGCGUGCGCGGGCACCCUGGCGGGGGCACCAUGGCCACCUACCCCGACACCCCCGCGGCGUUGCCCCCGCACCUCCAGGCCGGGGCGAUGCGGCGCCGUUUCUGGGGCGUCUUCAACUGCCUGUGUGCCGGCGUGUUCGGGGCCCUGGCCGCCGCCUCCGCCAAGCUGGCCUUCGGCAGCAAGGCGCACGUGAUCACCUGUGCCUCGGGCAUCUUGGUGACGGCGACCGCCAACUCUCUGAUGUGGACCUUCUUCAGCCGCGGCCUCAGUUUCUCCGUGUCCUCCGCCACUGCGUCUGUCACCGUGACUUUUUCGAACAUCCUCAGCUCGGCCGCCCUGGGCUUUGUGUUGUACGGAGAGAGCCAGGAGGCGCUGUGGUGGGGCGGCGUGCUCCUCCUCCUCUGCGGACUCAUCCUCGUCCACAGGAAGGACCUUCCGCGCAAGCAGCAGUAGAGGCAUUGGCCGGUGGCCAGCUGGAGAGACAGCGAUGGCGGCUCAGGCUCCCUGGCGUGUGGUGGCUGCUUCCCAGGGCGAUCGGGGUGCAGCCUCGGACCGUCAGCCAGAGGGAGCUGCCGCCGAGGGCAGCAGGCCUGUGACCCAGCAUCUGGCUGCCUGGUGCUCCGAUCCUCGUCUCCCGGCCCACCCGGGGGCCCAGCGGGAGCUGGACUGGAACCAGCUGUCACCGUAGCCUGGUGGCCCACGUCAACGUGACACGCUGGGGACUGGUGGGACUUGGACAACUUGGUGUCGAUGCGUCGGGCUGGCGGUGCCAUAUCACAGGGGGAGGAAGACUGGAUUAAUGCUUUCUUGUACGUUAAAGCUCCCAGGUGUGGAAUCCUAAUUCCUUCCCACACUCAUUUUUCUUCCCCGAGUAUCUGGAGUCGGAGGGAGCAGCCAGGACGAGCUGCAGCGCCUGGAGUGGUUCUAGCCCUCACCUCGCCCGGCCUGGCCCGGCUGCGGGCACAGCUCCUUCUGACGUCCCUGGCCGCGCCCUCUGGUCAGGGAGGACCUCAGAGACAAGCUUGAGCUCGCUUUGGGGACCCAGUGUUAUUUUACUGGUUAGGGUACAAAACUGGCCCAGAGGCUCUCACCCCCACUUCACUUUGGGCCCCUCUGCCUUUGGUCCCGUUUCCCAGGCUCCUGUGACUUGGGUAUCUCACGCUGUGACUGUGACUCUCGUUGCUGCCCACACGCCCGUGUGUGGCCGAAGUGACCCUCACCUGCUCCAGUUCCUGGGGCUCCCUGGGGUCUGAGCCCUCGGCUCCCCUGAAGCGGACCACUGGCCCAGGUUCCUCCCGCUUUCCCGCGGGACCAGAAGGCUGGGGGGAGGGGGCCAUGUCCAGGCGGUCCCCCCUCCGUGCCCGCAGCGCCUUCACUGCCCUCCAGUUCUCACUGCCGACAGGGCCUUUCUCUCUGUCCACGGCUCCUGCUUCCUGGGACCUGGCCCUCGCCGCCUCUCCCCGGCUCCUCUCCUGCCGCCUCCUUAAUGCCCAGGUUGAGCCAGGCACUCCUGUGUUGAGAAGUCAGGGAGACGGGUGAGCAGACAGCGGUGAGGUAGGAUAACCAGGCAAGUGUGGUGUCCCCAGGCAUCACUCCAGAAAAGCAACGACCGCCCAGGCUGUUGCUGAGGGUUGAGGGAGGGGAGGACGGAGAGAGGCUGCCAUUGGACUGGGGCAGGAGAGCGAUGGCAGGGGCGGCUUGGAGGAGGGUGGGCCACAGCCUGAGCAGAUCAGGUUCUGAGGGAAUGGAGGUCCUCCACUGAUGCCG